AUGGAAGCACAAACAUCUCCGGUAUCCCUGCGGCUUGCCUCAAGCAUGGACAACUGCACAUCGUCGCAGGUGUCUUCGGCCGGCUCGCCCUUGUCUGCCGGCUCACCCCUCACCAACUCCCCCCUCAGCACGCCAGACACAACAGACCUCGAGGACGCGCCACCUCUGAACGUCGCGGAUAACCAUGGGCUGGGGCUGGGGCUUGGGCUCCACUCCGGGACCUCUGACCCAACAUUCGUUCUCGUCAUCGGCGGUCUUGGCUUCAUCGGAUCACACACCGUCCUCGAGCUCCUGCGGGCCGGUUUCAAUGUGAUCGUGGUGGACAACCUGAGCAACAGCUAUGAGAGCGUGCUGCACAACAUCAAGACCAUUGCCGCCAAGGAGUACAAGCAGAGGAACGCACAGAUGCCGCUUGUCCACUUCCAUCGCGUCGACUACCGCAGCCGCUCAAUGCGCUUCCUGCUGGAGAGCUACACAGACCUCGUGCCCGUGCGGGAGGCGUCGGCGGCACCAGAGGCGGCGGAGGAGGCUGACAGGCAGCGCAUGACGUACCAGUCGCGCAUCACGGGGGUGAUCCACUUUGCGGCGUUCAAGUCGGUGUCGGAGUCGAUCGACAAGCCGCUGCAGUACUACAACAACAACGUGUGCGGGCUGGUGUCGCUCCUGGAGCUGCUGGACAAGUUCUCGAUCCGCAACUUCAUCUUCAGCAGCUCGGCGACGGUGUACGGGUCCAAGGCCAACGCGGGGGUGCGGCUGCGGGAGGAGGACCUGGUGCACCUCCCGGAGGCGGCGCAGGACCCCGAGACCAAGGAGAGGGUGGAGCUGACGCCGGCGGUGGCGGGGCUGACGUGCCCGUACGGGCGGACCAAGUACAUGGGCGAGGCGAUCCUGGCGGACCUGGCCGAGGCGGACGAGCGGUGGCGGAUCACGGCGCUGCGCUACUUCAACCCGGUGGGCUGCGACCCGUCGGGGCUGCUGGGCGAGAACCCGCGCAACGUGCCGACCAACCUGUACCCGGUCAUCACGCAGGUGCUGACGGGCGACCGGGCCAGGCUGGACGUGUUCGGGUCGGACUGGGACACGCGCGACGGCAGCGCGGUGAGGGACUUUGUGCACGUGCUGGACGUGGCGCGCGGGCACAUCGCGGCGCUGCGGCCGGCCAAGCUGACGAUGGGGUUCCGGGCGUACAACCUGGGCAGCGGCAACGGCACGACGGUGAUGGAGGCGGUGCGGUCGCUGGAGCAGGCGGCGGGCAGGGCGAUCCCGGUCAAGAUGCAGGGCCGGCGGGCGGGCGACGUCGGCAGCUGCGUGGCCAGCAACGAGCGGGCGUCGCGCGAGCUGGGGUGGCAGCCGCGCGAGAGCAUCACCCAGUGCGCCGUCGACCUGUGGAACUUUGUGAGCAGGGUCGUGACCGUCAGGCCGGCUGCAUGA